AUGGCAGCGCAAUAUCUCAGCAACAUCUUCUCGCUUGAGGGCAAAUCAGCCAUUGUGACGGGUGGAACGGGAGGGCUUGGGUCGGCGUUGGCCACCGCAUUGGCUCAAGCCGGAGUCUCGACGAUAGUCUCCAUUGAACUCCCCAAUGAUCCAAUGUCCUCAGACCUGAAAUCGAAGAUUGAAGGUGUCGGCGGUAAACUGUUGCAGUUCCAAUGUGAUCUGCGGAAUGCAAAGAGCCUUCGAGAAUGCUAUCAAUCAGUAUGGGACGCUGGGGUAGUGCCCGACAUAUUGCUCAAUUGCGCUGGCGUCAUGCGGCGUAACCUCUGCGAGAAUGCAACUGACGAGGAGCUUGACCUGCUCCUAGAGGUGAAUGUAAAAUCAUUCUACAUCUCCAUGCAAGAGUUCGGCCGGAAGCUUCUCUCCCUCGGACGACCGGGUAAGAUCGUCAAUAUCGCCUCCGUCACUUCUUACCAGGCUGGGUUCAAUACCAGCGUCUACUCGAGUACCAAAGGUGCCGUCAUGCAGAUGACUAAAGCUUUCAGCAAUGAAUGGGCAAGCAAGGGUAUUCAGGUCAAUGCAAUUUGCCCAGGAUUUAUGAAGACCUCCAUGACAGCGCAGUACCAAGGGGAUCAGAAGAUGGUGGAUUACCUCAUGGCUCGAGUUCCAAUGCAGCGAUGGGGAGAGCCUCAGGAUCUGGUGCCCGCGAUGUUGUUCCUGGCUGCUCCAGGGAAUACCUUCACUUCGGGAGCAUGUUUAAUUGUCGAUGGCGGAUAUUGCGGCAAAUAG